AUGACGCCUGCGUUCAUCAGUCUUGUCACGGCUCUGCUGGGUCUGACCAGCAUUGCCAACGGCCACGGUUACCAUCCACCGGCCACGCAGCAGGGCAACCUCGACUGGGCUACGAUGCACAUGCAAGAGGAGCAUCAUAUCGACAACUUCGACGCUGCUUCCUUCUUUACCCUGCACGAUUACGACGGUUCUGGCGCAUGGACACCAGACGAAGUUCGCAAAACUUACGGUCUGGAUGAUGCUUCUACUGCAGGCGUCAGUGAAGACAAGAAGCAGGAAGUCGUCCGAGAAGUAUUCACGCUCUUCGACCCCCUAAAAUCGGGUGUUAUCUCUUUCUCCGACUGGAUGCGUCUCAACCAGGCUGGAAGGAAAUUGCCAGAUUUCGGCCUUGGUCCAGGCCACCAUGGAGACAUGGAAUAUGAAUACGAGAUCCAUCACUUCGAGAAGUACCACGGUGACGAUGCAACGGAGGAGGAGCUUACGCAUCCUGAGGAUAUUGAGCACUUCCGGAAGCAUGACGAGGAGGAGCUGGCCCAGGAACGGCUGGAUCAGCUAGAGAAGAUGCAGAUUGUUGAAGCCAACAUUCCGCAGAAAUUCCUCCGACAGACAUGAUCACGCGGCGGUUUUUUAAUAUGUAUAUAUAAGAUGAUUUAUG